AUGGCAUACAUUCGCAAAACCAACGGGUUUUUAUUGAGCAACUUCAACUUGAUGGUGGAGAGAUACACUGUCAUCGAGACUCCCGCCGAAGACAUAAUCGAAGCAGCGAAUGCAAAGAAGACGCAGAUCAUCGACCAGGCCAACACGCAGUACGCAACCGCCAUGGCUACGGAGAAAGUGAACCAGGCCAAGGACCAAUACAACGAGAAAGCAGCACCCGUCGUCACUGACCUCAAGACUCGUGCUGAGCCAGUUGUAGCACAGAUUAAGGAACAGACUACCCCCAUUGUAGAGGCUGCUCAGAAGCAGUACAGCGAGCUUACAGAACUUUUGCCUCUGCGCCAUUUAAAGGUCAUCUUAUGUCCCAAGAUAUCCGAUAUCAGCCCUCUAGCGCCUUUUCCGGCACUCGACACUAUCACAUUCAGCCAAUCAAAAGUUGUCGACAUCACACCGCUUAGUUUCUACACUACACUACAUGCACUCAAUAUUUCCAAGACAAGUGUGGCCACUAUUGGCCCGCUAUCAUCCUGUUUGCGACUUGAGGUACCCAGUAUGGCUUCAACAAUGAUAGUCGACAUCAGCUCACUCUCCUCGUGCACGGCGCUGCACACUCUGGAUAUGUCAGGCUGUCCUUUGGCCAGUAUUCAGCCGUUAGCAUCCUUGACAGGUCUCCAGAUACUGGCAAUGAGAUCCCCCGGUAUUACGGAUAUAAGUCCGCUUUCCUCAUGCGUGGCUCUGCGCAAAUUGAGAAUGAACGGGAUGGAUGUUGCCGAACUUAGCCCAAUAGCACACUGUGGGUGGCUACAUACUCUGGACAUAUCAGGCUGCCACAAAAAUUUCCAAUCUGAAGUCAAUAGUUCAGUGUGUACGGCUCCAUACCCUGAGGAGCUGCGAACUCUAGAUAUGACCGGGUACAAGGGUGUUUGGGACUUGAACUCGCUUUCAUUUAUACGUGCACUGGUGCCUGCUGUUAGUGGACUACUGAAAGGUUUCAGCACCCUAGCGCAGUGCCAGGGAUUAAAGAGCCUCGCCUUGGCCACCACCAACAUCACGGAUCUUUCUCCGCUUACUUCUUGUCAUGCAUUGGCCAAGCUAGAUUUAAGCAACACGCGAAUCGCUAACCUGCGUCCGUUGGCGUCCUGUGUGACACUUCAUACUUUAAACUUUACUAACUGCACUGAUGUCAUCGAUAUAGGCCCACUGAGAGCUUGUUCGAAACUACAACAAAUGGAUCUGUAUGGCUGCUCUAGUAGUAUCGACCUAGAGCCGCUAAGAGCGUGUCUGGAACUACGAAUUCUGAAAAUGCGUCCCUGCAUUGGUAUCACCGACUUUGAGCCGUUAAGAGCAUGUCGGGAAUUGCAAAGACUGGUUUUGACUGAAUGUGAGGAGUUGACCGACAUAAGGCCGCUAGCAGCGUGUUCAGAACUGAAGAAACUCGAGUUAAUCGAUUGCCCCAGUGUAACAGACUUGGAACCUCUCAGAGGGUGCUCAAAGCUACAGGAACUGACCAUAGACGACUGCGAUAGCGUCACAGACAUAGGCCCACUGUGCGUUCCCGAAACUACAGGCCCACUGAGUGCGUGCUCGAAACUACAAGUACUGUCCAUGUGCGGCUGCGAUGGCAUCACCGACCUAUACCCACUGAGUGCGUGCUCGAAGCUACAAGAACUGAUCAUGGACUACUGCGAUGGCAUCACAGAUUCAGGCCCACUGAGUGCAUGUUUGAGACUGCCACAACUGCAUAUGGGGGACUGCCCCGGCAUAACCGAUAUAGAGCCGCUGAAGGCGUGUUUGGAACUGCGGAUAUUAGAUAUAGCCGGAUGUCAGGGUGUUACCAAUGUAUGCCCGCUGACAUCUUGUCUAGCUCUCAGAACACUUCAUAUCGCUAGCACGGGGGUUAACGAUACAAGCUCAUUUCAAGCCAGCACACGAGUUGUGUUAAUUCCUCCUGGCCAUCUUGAUAUAUCGAGUGGCACCGAAAGCUCUCCCAGUGACUAG